GACGGGUUUUCUUUCACUUUGUUAAAACACCGAAUUUAUUCCGGUUCAUUCCGUGUCGAGCAGAGAUUGUUGGAGAUCGCCAUCGCCGUUCGAAUUCCGAUUGCCUCCGUUUACAGAGAAAUCAAGCGAGAAAUAUGGCGUGCUUGCAUGAUCACAGCUGCGAAGAUCACGAUUGUUCAUCCGAUUGGUCCCUCUACAAACACAUAGACAUCCCUAAGGUAUCUGCGUUGAAUGAGGCUGCUCCUGGAAGUGUCAAAACAGUUUUUAAAGCUUGGGAACAGCGCCUAAGUUCUUCAGAGGGUUUCUUGGAAAGCAAUGAGGGUGAUCCUGAGUUAAUUGUUUUUAUUCCAUUUACAUCCGAUGUUAAGAUAAAGAGCAUUUCAAUCGUUGGUGGUGCUGAUGGAACAAGUCCUUCCAAGAUGAGAGCGUUUAUAAAUAGAGAAGGAAUUGACUUUUCAGAUGCUCAGAGUAUGCAAAGUAUUCAGGAGUGGGAUUUGGCAGAAAAUUUGCAAGGAGUCUUAGAAUACCAGACAAGAUACUCUAGGUUCCAAGGUGUUGGAAAUCUGACUUUGCAUUUUCCUGAUAAUUAUGGUGGUGAUACAUCUAGAAUACAAUACAUCGGGCUCAAAGGGGAAGCGACUCAGCUAAAGAGAGAUGUUGUUGCAACAAUUGUUUAUGAACUUAUGCCAAAUCCUUCUGAUCACAAGGCAAAAUCUGAAAGUGGAGGGGGCAUGUCACAUGUGGAGUGAGUUUGCUGGUGCUUCAUUCAUCAACCAACUUUCUGGAUGUAGAAGUAGGCCAUGCAAUAUAUGAACAUGUUAGUAGAGCCCAACUUCAACUGUUUAGAACUUACUGAUAUACCUUUUCUUUUUCAUCAAACAACCCUUGCUAUGUACUAAGUGAUGUGUCUGCAAAUGAUCUUGUCAGAAGUUUGCAAUGCUA